CUAUAAAUAUAUCUAAUUAGUCAAAACUAAUUUUGAAAUAAUAAUUUUUGUAAAUCACAAAAAAUACCACUCUCGCGUUAAAUAUUCAUUAAAUAUACCAACUUGUUGCAGCACAUUGUGAAUGGCAUUUCGAGAAGAGGCAGCAUACUAUCCAAACAAAGUGAAAAUAAUAUAAACAUUACUCAGAAAUAUACAAAAUAUCGACAAUGGAACAGCCAAAAUCUGCUGCAGAGAAAUUGGCAGAACGAAAGGCACGCCUGUUAGACCUGCACAAACAACGCCAAGAGGCGCGCACCCAAAACCACCAGGAGGUCGUUGCAGAAGAUGCACGCAAAAAAUUGCCCAGCAACUGGGAAGCUCGUAAACGACAAGCAGAGUGGUUGCUGGCAGAUGACAAAGCACGAGCAGAAGCGGAAUCUGCUGGCAAGGAUUACGAGCGCAUGAAACUGCUGGAAGUAUCUGCCAUAGAUGCUGAUCGCAUCGAAAAGAAAAAACAACGGAAAGAUAAUCCCGAUCUGGGCUUUUCAACAUACGAAGCACAGACAGCCAGACAAUACAAUCGACUUGUUAAAUCCAUGCCACCUCGCGACAUGACAAAGUACGAGAAACAGAAGGCUGAGCUGGGCGAAGCAUUUUAUGGCGGUCCAAAUACAACACUUCAUCUGCGCACAAAGGAUACGCCGAGUGCUAUAAACAAUAUGGUCAAGGAUUUAGAUCAGCAAAUUGAGCGUAGAAAGAAAUACUCUAGAAGGCGUAUCUACAACGACGAUGCCGAUGUGGACUUCAUAAACGAACGCAACUCUAAAUUCAACAAGAAAUUGGACCGUUUCUAUGGCGAACAUACGGCGGAGAUCAAGCAGAAUCUGGAGCGAGGAACGGCCAUUUAAAAAUGCCUUUUAUAAUAAUUGAGUUCUAACUGUAAGCAGAAAUACUUUAUAAAUGCAUUGUUUAUCAUAUACAAAAUUCAUGUUCUUUGUACACAAUACAAAUCAAAAAUCCUUUAAUUAUAACAAAUAUUAACAAACAAAAA